AUGGCCGCUCGUGCCGAGCACGCCAUUCGCUGGUCAGUGUGCGUGGCUCUGUUUUUCGUCAACUACUGCGACCUGUGGAAAUGCGCCGUCAUCUGCCACGAGAUCCGUCCCUCGACCCUCGAGCGGGUCAAACGGGACAGCCUCGAAGGGACGCUCAAGAACUACACCAUCCACAGCCGCAACCCCCGCAGCAACCAUGACCUCUCGCGCUUCGUCCAGCCCACCUCCAACUUCCGGCACUUCUCCGACCUCAAAGGCGUCCCCUUUCAGCACGCCGUCUCUAGGCGCGACACCCAGCCCCACGACCUAGAGACCGCCGCCUCCCACAAGAAGUCCAAGUCCAAGAAGUACAAAAAGGGAGGCGGCAAGAAGUACAAGAAGGAACACCACUCGAAGCACGGCAAGAAGAGUGACAAGGGCUACAAGAAGAAGCACCACCACGAUAAAGGCGAGCACGAGAAACACGGCAAGGAGGAACACUCCGGUUUCUACAAGAAAGAGAGCGGGCACAAGAAGAAACAUCACGACUCCGGCAAGAAGUACGGGGCGCACCACAAGGGCGAGAAGGGGCACAAGGGCGCCAAGUACGGGGAGUCGGGCGGGCACAAGAAGGGCCACAAGACGAAGGGCUACCACAACAAGUUCCACAAGGACGAGUACCACAAGGAGCACAAGUUCUACGACGACUUCCACAAGGGCGGACAUCACUCGAAGCACGGCGCGCAUCACUCGAAGCACGGGAAGAAGGCCGGCAAGCACAAGAAGGGCGGACACCACAAGUCGGCCUACCACGACGACCACUACGGGAAGAAGGGCCACCACGAUAAGGGCCACUACGACAAGCACCACAAGGGCCACAAGUACAAGAAGGGCCACGACGAGUACCAUUCGCACCACAACGACUACAGCAAGAAGUCCGGGCACAAGGAGGGCAAGAAGUACGGCUACAAGAAGAAGCAUUAGAUCCUGCAAAAGCACUGUGAUAAGAACCACAAGUUUAAAAUUGGGAUCAAAGAACAGUGUGGCGAUUUCAACGAAGCUUUCGGCCACAAUAUUAACUGUGCCAGUAUUUAGUAGUUCAGCGUGAGCCUCGGAUAGCAAUAUACUGAUAAUUUUGAAUAUUAUGGCUGCUAACUGCAUUUGGUCCAAUCUUACGACUUCCGGUGCGAUCAUUAAGAUGAGAGAAACGGUCAAAGGAAGAAAUUCGACCAAAAGUCAGGUGACGGAGAGUGUAAUGGAUUCGCGACAUUGUGGACUUCUAAGCGUGCUCGUACCAGCUGCGGACGUGAAAUAUCUCUGUGCAUUUUUACGAGUUCUUUCUCCCGUUGAAAGUGUCAUAAAAGCCAAGACCGCGGACUCAAACCCCCGGAGUGCCUUAAACGGACCGUGUGAAGUGAACGUCGAAGUGUCGGCCGGUGUCACACGUGGCCCGUUCAUGAUAAAAUGACUGCCUUACGACGGAAUUUCGAUGAGGUUUUCUUUGUAAGAAAAGUGUUAACUGUAUUGUUGUCGUGUUUAGGAAAAACGCCGUAUGAAC